AAGUAGACAAGAAGAAGAACCGGAAGCAUAACAGGAAGCGCGGAGUAAAGGAGGCUCGUCGGUGAACUUGUCAUCACUAUUCUGUCUACAGAAGCUCGUUUAUGCUAAAUAUUCAAACUUUGAACCGCAAAUAUCAGAGAUCAACCUUCACCUACGAGAUCCCCUUGGCCAGACCAGAGACAUGUCCAGACAGAUGGGAGACAGCCAUCGACGGUUCCUGCAGACCAUGAUGGCCAAUGGCAUCAUUGAUGAACAAGGGGCGAAGACGCUCCAUCAAUACAGUUGUGACACCCACAGCACACAGCACGUCCCUGACAAACUGGAUGAUUUCAUUGAUGCCAUCAACUCAAAGCUGCAGCCUUUGUUCAUGCAGAUUAGAAAAGGGAUGUCUGAAGACAGCGGUCACCAGUUCUACGCCUUGGUGAACAUGGCUGAGACCGAUGUCACCAGAAUGUCGUCAGAUUAUGCCGACAAUGAGCUGGAGCUGUUCAGGAAAACGAUGGACCUGAUCGUGGGCUCUGAGAAUGGCAAGGCCUCGUCCACUGACAUUCUGAACAGCGCCGACACCCUGACCACCAAGAAGCUGAAGAAGAGCGAGACAGAGCACCUCCUGAACCGACUCGUGCAGGACAAAUGGCUCAGUGAGAAACGGGGUGAAUACACUUUGUCCACCAGAUGUAUUAUAGAGAUGGAGCCAUACAUUCGUACGAUGUAUCAGGACCAAGUCAAAGUGUGCCACAUCUGUCACAACAUCGCCUUCCAGUGCCAAAUCUGUGAGAAACCUACUUGUGGAAUAAAAAUACACAACCCAUGUGUGGCCAGAUACUUCAAAGGAAGAGCAGAGCCGCGGUGUCCAGCUUGUGAAGACUUUUGGCCACAUGAAAUCCCUGAAGUCAGACGGCCCCAGUCUCAGUCCAGAAGAUGAGGACUUCAGCAUCAAAUGUUUUUUAUGUUUAUUAAACUUGUUUUGUUUUAAACAUAACUUUGUUAUAAACCCAAACUGUAAAUAUACAUUUCUUUAAAGUUAUUUUUACAAAAAUAAAUGAUAGUGU